AUGUAUAAUAAUAUACAAACAUAUUCUUCCACAUCACGUUUACUGAUUGAUUGUUUAGACAAAGAAAAAAAUAAAAUACAAAAAGUUCAAGAAAAUCCACCUGUGUAUCAAUUAGCUACUAAAGCUGCAGCUGAUCGUUGUCUUGAUAUUCUCAGAAGAUUUCCUGAUUGGCACACAGGAUUCGUUGGCUUUGAUACAGAAACUACAGUCUACAGACAAAAGGAUCCUCAGGUUGUUUCAAUGAUUCAAAUAGCCACGAGAGAAUUAUGUUUUCUAUUUCAAGUAUUUCGAAUUACCAAAAUAAAUAAUACCAAGUUUCCGCCUCUGCUUCAAGAAAUUUUAACAAAUCAAGAUAUUAAGAAAGUUGGAGUAAAUGCUUCAGGUGAUGCAAAUUGGAUCAAAAAAUCCUACGGCUUUGAAAUGCGAGGAAUGGUUGAUCUUGAAAAAAUCGCUCAACAAAAAGGAUAUGCAGCAAGGUCAUUAAGGGAACUAACUAGAAUGUUUGGUGAUCCUGGAUUAGUACUGGAGAAAUCUAGAAAGAUAUUGAAAUGGAAUUUCGAUGCAGUUAAAUUAGAUCUGGAAGUAAUUCGUUAUGCAUCUUCUGAUGCUUUUGCUGGAAUUCAAGUUUAUGAGAGUAUUUUAAAAGACAGGAUAAACGAGGAAUAUCUUAACUAUGAGAAGCGGUAUCCAAUGAGUAUGAAAGAAGAAGACGACGAAAUUUAUUCAUUAAUAUUGGAGUCUCAUCCGAAAGGCGUGAAUACUAGAACAAAGACGAUAGCAAACUCCAUUGAGAAUCAUUAUCAGCGCUGGUUUAAAACUAAACCAAAAACAGAUGAUCGCCAUAAAGCAGCACUUAAUGUUAUUGGUCGGUUUAUCGAAGAUGGGCGAUUAAUUAAAGUACUUGGAAAUACAGAUUCAAAUUCUGAUGAACAAAAUGAGAAGAAAAUUUCUUCAAUAAGUAUGAUCCGCCUUCCUGGAGUUCCAUUUAAUAAAAUACUUAAAGAUUUUGGUAAGGAGUUUUUUGAGUCGAAAGGUCUUCCACAACAGGAUAGCGAAUUUAUGACAGAAAUAUCAUCAUAUUGUUUGAAGGCCAUCAAGAAAGAAUCUUUGGCAAAAAAUAUUGCUAAUAAUAGCAAAAUUACCUCUCUGGAUCGGAAGAAUCGAGACGCUGUUAUAGCUAAACUAAACGAAUUAAAUCGCAAAGGAGCUUUAAUGUCGGGCCAAAAGAACAAUACUCUUUUAUUGCAUCCUGAUUGGGUAAAUGGAUUAGAAGAUGGAUAUGAGAAAUUUAAAUUAACACAUGAUGUAGAAGACGAACGUGUGGAAAAUGAAACCUCGAAGGAAGGUGAUUCAGAUAAUGAAAACUUAGAAGGGAGAUGGGAGCAAAAUGAGCAAACAUAUGAACCAUGGCAAGAUAUUACCACAUUUGAUCCUAGUGAUGUCUGGGGUAAUAAAGAUUAG